GACAAUUUACCAGCCCCUUUGCGUUCUUUUUUAUACGAACGCAGCAAUCUGACAUCGACGCUUGAGCAGCAGGAGGCUUCGGAGUACGGCGCGCAAACGUCCGCCCAGCAUAUAACAUCAGCGGAAACGCAGACGAAGACGGCGGAUACAGAGGCAUUGCAUGAAGCCGAAAAGGGCCCAACCGAGCCAUGUGGUACUGUGGAUCCUCGACUAAGUGCACAUCAGCGAUUGCAUGAACUGACGAAGUUUGUCGGGAAUAGUUUGGAUUGUGAACGCUUUAUCCAGGGGCAGCUACUAAGUCGAUUGGAGCGUGCAACACAGGCUUAG